CGCGCGGAAUGCAUGCUGUGUAGGGGUCUAUGUAUCUCCGCAAUCCGGCGUACAAAUACUCUCUUCUCUUCUAGAGGCCAAAAUGCGUCUUUCUAUUUUGUCCAUCUCCAAUCUCUCGGGCUUCUUUCCAACAACCCUUACGAAUCCGAUUCCCGACUCUUCCCUGACAACUAAUGGCGUACCCUUCUCAACCAGAGCAUACUGGAUGCGUCAAGCGAAUAAGGCACUCGUGGAACUGAGCCUUUCUCCCUGUCCCUUCAGUGCAUUUAGCACUGUCAUCGUUAAUCAUACCAAUACUGAUGAACUAGGAGAUCUAGUAUGUAUGGGGGUCAAUCAGAGGCUUCAAACGGGUAACCCGGCCAUGCAUGGCGAAAUAACCGCCAUCACGAACUGCACUGCUAUUCUCACAGAUCCCGCUGGUCGAUUCCGAUUGACACCGUCUCAAGCCCAAGCAGCCUUUGCCGACUUGACGCUAUAUACCAACGCGGAGAGCUGUACUAUGUGCGCCUCUGCUAUUCGAUGGGCGGGUUUCAAGGAAUACGUCUACGGGACUUCGAUCGAUACGCUUGCCCAGAAGGGGUGGGCUCAAAUAAAUAUUUCCUCGUCGGAGGUCUUUAAGGCUUCUUUUGAUUUGCCGUCUCGGACCCGGCUGAUUGGGGGCGUUCUUGCGAAUGAGACCGAUCCGUACUUUUUGUGGCAGUAUGAUCGUUCUUAUCCUUGUCCUGGGGGUUGUGCGCGUGCUGAGAAAGGGGCGAGUUGUCGGAUCGCUAUGUAAUACUACGAAAGAGUUGGACUAUGGAGUACUAAUGUUGGGCUAUGGAUGGGAUGUACGUACGUAUAUGCAUGUUAAGGCCGUUAUGUGAGAUGGUGUAUAGUUAUGAUAGUAUGCUAACUGGCGUGGAUAUUUAACAUUUGAAGGGUAGAUUCCUGAAUGAUAGAAAAUAUGAUUAAUUAUAGCCUACC